AUGCCGGUUAAGUGUCCACAUCAUGGCAUUCCAGAUCAGAUGUUGGGACAAUGGUUUUACAUGGGAUUAGCGGAUAACUUGAAGGCUAAUGUUGAUGCUUCAGUAGGUGGAGCAUUUUUUAACAAGCUGGAUGACAAGAGACACUACAAUCACCCUAUAGUUCACUCAGUAGCAUUGGACCCUAACAACUCCAUAGCUGAGAAUAUGGAUACUCUGAUGAUGCAAAUGAGUAUCCUUACCAAGAAGAUAGAUGAAUCAGGCCAGAAGCAGGUGGCAGCACAUGAGUCAGCGAUAAAAGGCAUUGAGAUUCAAUUAGGGCAGGUAUCUAUGGCUCUGAAAAAUCAUCCCCAAGGAACUUUACUUGCAGACACACAUGUCAAUCCGAAGGACCAGGGCCCGAAUCAGCCUAUGGCGGUGAGUUUGAGAAAUGGUAGGGAUCUUGAUUUUGAGCAAGAAAUUACUCGUGAGAACCGAUCAACUGAAACACUUGUGUCAGUGCCAAUUGAGGUAGAUGAAUCAACUGAGCUAACAAAAGUGAGAGUGCAGCCAGCGCAGGAGGAAAUAAACAAGGAAAAAGAGGUUGCAGAAGAGACUGAGAAAGUACAGGGGAAGGCAUUAGAAAAAGUGUCUAAGCAAGAUCUAACUCAAGCCGCAGAAAAGAAUGCUAUUAUGAGAAUACCUAUAGCCGUGAAGCUAUCCGACUCGGGAAGCUUCACAAUUCCAUGCACCAUAGGUAUCUAUGCAAUUGCCAAAACGUUGUGUGAUUUGGGAGCAAACAUAAAUUUGAUGCCAUUGUCUAUCUAUAAAAAGUUAGGAAAUGAAAGAGCAAGGCUCGCAUCCAUGUUACUACAAUCAGCUGAUCGAACGGUAAAAAGGCCAUCAGGUAUACUUGACAACGCACUUGUGCAAGUUGGAAAAUUCGUGUUUCCAGUAGAUUUUAUCAUUUUAAACUGCCAGGUUGAUGAGGAGAUUCCCAUAAUUUUGGGAAGGUCGUUCUUGGACACAGGAAGAGCACUGAUUGAUUGUGAAACGGGGGAGCUGAAGAUGAGACUGAAUAAUGAAGAAGUAACAUUUAAUGUGCAAAAGUCUAUGCAGUGA